AUGCCGGUCGUCAACGUCGACGAUUUAGUUCGCUUACAGCGGAAGCCCAACGACAUUCGAAAUAUCUGCAUUCUUGCCCACGUCGACCAUGGCAAAACCUCUUUGACAGACAGCCUUAUAGCCACUAAUGGCAUCAUCUCGCCCAAGCUGGCGGGCAAAAUUCGCUACUUGGAUUCUCGUCCAGACGAGCAGCUCCGCGGUAUCACAAUGGAAUCAUCCGCUAUUUCGUUGUUUUUCUCUAUGCUCCGUCGUUCUGCACCUGAUGCAGCCCCUGUGCCUAAGGAAUAUCUCAUUAAUUUGAUCGAUUCACCAGGUCACAUCGAUUUUAGCAGUGAGGUGUCGACAGCAUCUCGGCUUUGCGACGGGGCUGUCGUCCUCGUCGAUGCUGUGGAGGGAGUUUGCAGUCAGACUGUUACCGUUCUUCGCCAGACAUGGGUUGAACAAUUGAAGCCCAUCCUGGCUAUUAACAAAAUGGAUCGGCUUAUCUCCGAACUUAAGAUGAGUCCCAGUGAAGCAUUCGCGCACUUGAGCAGACUGCUUGAGCAAGUAAAUGCUGUCAUUGGUAGCUUUUACCAGGGAGAGAGAAUGGAGGAUGACUUACAGUGGCGAGAGCGUAUGGAAGACCGUGUUAAUGCCUCUGCUGCCAAAUCUAAGAAGCAGAACUUGGAUGAUGAAUCAGUGGCAAGUAUCAAUGAGGCCACCGAGUUUGAAGAGCGAGACGAUGAAGAUCUCUAUUUCGCCCCGGAGAAAAAUAAUGUUAUUUUCUGUAGCGCUGUCGAUGGAUGGGCUUUUACGAUUCGACAAUUCGCUGCAAUUUACGAGAAGAAACUUGGUAUUAAGCGCACGGUGCUUGAAAAGGUGCUUUGGGGUGACUUUUACUUGGAUCCCAAGACCAAGCGAGUACUGGGCCAGAAGCAUCUGAAAGGUCGGGCUUUGAAGCCCAUGUUUGUGCAGUUGGUGCUUGACAGCAUCUGGGCUGCCUACGAAGCCACAACUGGAGGUGGAAAAGGAAAAGGUGAUCCUGUUCUCUUGGAGAAGAUUACUAAGUCGCUAAACAUCAACAUUCCACCUUAUAUUCUGCGCUCUCGUGACCCCAAGAACAUUAUGACCACACUGUUCUCAGCAUGGCUUCCAUUGUCCACCGCAGUUUUGGUAUCUGUGAUCGAAUAUCUGCCUAGCCCCCAGGCUGCGCAAUCUGCUCGUCUACCAGAGAUGAUUCAAUCGUCUCCUGGCUCGGACCAUAUCGCUGAGAAUGUCAAAGAAGCCAUGGUGAGCUUCAAAACUGGCCUAGAGGAGCCCGUCGUCGCAUAUGUCAGCAAAAUGGUGGCCAUUCCAGAGAGUGAAUUGACUUCCAGCAGAAAACGAAGCGGUGCAACCAUGUCGGCUGAUGAAGCUCGGGAAAUAGCUCGCCGUAAACGAGAGGAGAUUGCGAAGAUGCAAGCUGAAGCUAGGUCAGGAAAAGAAGAUGACUUUGAGCGCAUAACAUCAGCAUUCGAGAAUACCUCUUUGAUCAGAGAGGCCGAGGAGCCAGAAGAGACUGGUGAAAAAGAAGACCCAGACCAUUUGAUUGGAUUCGCUCGACUUUAUUCUGGAACCCUCUCAGUUGGUGAUGAGAUCUACGUUUUGCCACCAAAAUUCUCACCAGCCAACCCUCAUGCUAGUCCAGAGCCUAAGAAAGUCACUGUGACAGACUUGUAUUUGCUUAUGGGCAGAAGUCUGGAGCCACUUCAGUCUGUGCCCGCUGGUGUAGUCUUUGGAAUUGGAGGUCUCGCAGGCUAUGUGCUCAAGACAGGAACACUGUGUAGCCAGCUGGAGGGAAGUGUCAACUUGGCUGGUGUCUCGCUCAACACUCCACCCAUUGUGCGUGUUGCUCUGGAACCAGCCAACCCAGCCGACUUGGGUAAAAUGAUCACUGGUCUUCGUCUCCUCGAACAAAGCGAUCCCUGUGCGCAGUACGAAGUCCUCCCCAGUGGUGAGCAUGUCAUUCUCACUGCUGGCGAGUUGCAUCUUGAACGCUGUGUUAAGGAUCUUCGUGAACGAUUUGCUAAGUGCGAAAUUCAAACUGGCGAGGCAAUUGUUCCAUACCGUGAAACUAUUGUCAAUGCCUCAGAAAUGGUGCCUGCAAAGAACCCCGAGUUAGGUCGUGGCGCUGUCCUGAGUGUUUCCCCCUCUAAGCAAAUGACACUUCGUUUGCGAGUCGUACCUUUGCCCGAGGCAGUCACUGAGUUCCUCAUUAAACAGGGUGGAACUGUCAAACAGCUCCAGUCUAAGAAACGUGCGGAAGGAAAGUCAGAUGACGAGACAACAGAAACUGUUCAGGCAGUUGAUUCUACAGCAGUUGAUGCUGCCGAUGAAGCUCGCGAGGGCGCUAUCCUUUCCUUGACCGAGUUCCGUGAUGAGCUGAACAAGGUCUUCGACGAGGAGGUCAAGGAAGACAAGGAGCUAUGGAAGAACGUUGUCGACAGAAUCACUGCGUUUGGACCCCGGAGAAUUGGACCUAAUAUCCUUGUUGAUGCAACCGCUGUAAACACCUGUGAAAAAUUCCUACUCGAUGAGCCCAAGCAAUCCAGUGCGCCAUUCGAGGGCUCUGAUAAUCAACAAGCCCUGCUCGUGCGCGAUUUCAACGACAAGAUUGCAUACGCUUUCCAACUCGCGACAAGUCAAGGUCCUCUCUGCCAAGAACCAAUGCAAGGUGUCGCCGUUUUCCUCGAAGAUAUCUCUGUCCAAGCUGGCAACGACGAAUUAGACAUGGGCCGUUUGACAGGUGAUGCCAUCAGACUUGUCCGUGAAGGAAUCACCCAGGGAUUCCUAGACUGGAGCCCUCGAAUCAUGCUUGCGAUGUACAGCUGUGAAAUCCAAGCAACGACUGAGGUCCUAGGCCGUGUAUACGGUGUCAUUACCCGUCGCCGAGGACGUAUCCUCUCCGAGAUCAUGAAAGAAGGAACCCCCUUCUUUACAAUCAUUGCUCUAAUGCCCGUCGCUGAGUCCUUUGGGUUCGCAGAGGAGAUUCGUAAACGAACCUCCGGUGCGGCACAGCCACAACUCAUGUUCGCUGGUUUUGAAGCGUUGGAUGAGGAUCCUUUCUGGGUUCCUGCUACAGAGGAAGAGUUGGAGGAUCUCGGUGAGCUUGCGGAUAAGGAGAAUAUCGCCAAGAGGUAUAUGGAUGCUGUGCGGCGAAGAAAGGGACUGGUUGUCCAGGGACGGAAGUUGAUUGAUGCGGAGAAGCAGAAGACGCUGAAGAAGUAG